GUUACGAACGCGCCAGUCUUGCGUUAGCUGCCGCACGGGCGAGAGCUGAUCAUCGCGUUCCUUCCUCGCGGGACAAGCCAACUGACCUUCUGUUUCCGUUCACUUCGGUCUAUUAUACCCGGUUACGACGAUACUCAACAGCCGCGUGGUGUUCGAGAACUGCGCAUGUUUAUCCAGUUUUUUGUUGUUGUGUUAUUCUGUGCCCAAGCUAUUAACACCUUUGCUGUUCCUUGCAGUGUGUGAUAGUGUCGCGAUGAGCUUUUUAGAUUAGGUUGAAACCUGUGUGAAAUGAAGGUAUUUGCCGUGCGCCCGUAUGUGCCUAGGACAGCAGCCGCAGGGCAGUUGUGAAAAUCGUGACAAGCGCAAAACAUUACCUUCUGCUAUAUCGUGCCCUCCCCCCAUCGUUCAUAAAGUGUACAGUGCAUUAUGCUAAUCAAUGCGAUACUGAGGGCAUUUAUCGUGCACACGCUGAAACGCCGACGACGACGCACCAAAUGUACGCUGCUGCGAGCGUUCCUCAGAAUGGUGAACUUCCGCCGUUUCGGCCACUAUCAGCGCUACCUGGCGUAUCCGGUGCGCGAGGUCGAUGGACCAGCGCCGAGGGUCGUUCCACCGGUGGAGGCGGCGGCGCCACCAGCGGCCGUAGCCGCCAUACCAGCAAAUGUCCCACCGGAGCAGGGCGCUAACAGGCGUCGGCGACAAAUGCAGCAUCGGUUCCGAAUCGUGGGCGAAGAAGAGUUCCUGCAGCAGGAGGAAGACAUUAUGAAAUGGACCUCCAGGUUGAUGCCGAACGACCUCAAGACGCUGGUGACGAUGAAGACAAACGGCGUCACACCACUGCUAAUUGCGUGCCGCAAUGGUCACUUUGACGUGGUGCAGUACCUGAUCAAGCGCUGCCACGCCGACGUCGAGCAGGCCGGUUCCGUCAUAUUCGACGGGGAAAAGAUCGAGGGCGCACCGCCGCUGUGGUGCGCGUCGGCCGCCGGUCACACGAACAUCGUGAAGCUGUUAGUCCAAAACGGUGCCAAAGUGAACAGUACGACCAAAACGAACAGUACCCCGCUCCGGGCGGCCUGUUUUGAUGGGCACUAUGAAAUCGUGAAGUAUCUCGUAUCGCAAGGUGCAGACAUCGAGGUCGCAAACCGGCACGGACACACCUGUCUGAUGAUCGCCUGCUACAAGGGACACUUUAAAAUCGCACAAUACUUGCUCUCGCUCAAAACGGAUGUAAACCGGCGUAGCGUGAAAGGCAACACGGCCCUGCACGAUUGCGCCGAGUCAGGUUCGCUGGAGAUAUUGCAGCUGCUGCUGCAGCACGGUGCUACGAUGGAUGUCGAUUCUUACGGAAUGACCCCCUUGCUGGCAGCGAGCGUUACCGGACAUCUGCCGAUCGUGGAACACUUGAUCAAGCUACCGUUCGUGUCGCGCGAGGAUAGGAUCGCCGCCCUGGAACUGCUCGGUGCUACAUAUGUCGACAAGAAGCGCGAUAUGCUUGGAGCACUAUCGUUCUGGAAGCGUGCUAUGGAGGAUCGCUACAACAACAGUCCCGUACUGCCGAAACCGACUCGCGAACCACUGUCCCCGUACGAUUACGUGCAGGAGGUGAACAAUCUCAGCAUGCUCGAGGAGCUGGUGAUGGACCCGGACGAGAUGCGCAUGCAGGCGCUGCUGAUCCGCGAGCGAAUACUGGGCCCGGUGCAUCCGGACACGAGCUACUACAUACGGUUCCGCGGUGCCGUGUACGCCGACUCGGGCCGGUUCGACCGGUGCAUCGAGCUGUGGACGUACGCACUGUCGAUGCAGCAGAGCAUCCUGGAACCGCUCAACCCGAUGACCCAGUCGUCCCUGCUGUCGUUCGCCGAGCUGUUUAGCUACAUGCUGGGCGAGGUCGGUCGGCCGAUUACGCGCGGCCGCAUUGUACCGCCGAUCGAAACCUCCGACAUGCUGGUCGUGUUCAAGAAGUCGGUCCGGGAGGUGCAGCUCGGCCAGCAGAUGUUUGAAAAGCUGGCAUACCACGAGCGGGACCAUGGUGCGCUCAGCAGGGCGCUGGUGAUUGCGCUGCAUCUGGCCUGUCUGCUGGUGCGGUUGCUGGACGAGGAGGAGGAGCUGUGCAGCGCAGAGAUGAAGCAUCAGAUCCUACAGGCACUGUACGAUUUGGUGAGCUUAAAGUUUGUAUCGCAAACGGGUAGAACAGCUUUGCAUCUGGCUUGCUACAAGGAUGCGGCCCUGGUCGGACGAUAUCCCGUGUGUCAGCUACCGUCGGCGCGACUCGCCAAGGCUCUGCUGCAGGUAGGAGCCGAUCCAAACGCACAGGACGAUGACGGUAACACGCCGCUGCAUCUGGCUGCCCUGAGCCGGCCCUGCCCGCCAGAGCUGGCACAAAUUUUGCUAGAGCAUGGUGCCCAUUUGGAUACGCGAAAUGUGGACGGCGAUUGUUUCGAGUCACUGUUGCAAAACCAGCAGCUGCACGAGCUGGUCAACCCAAUCAAGUACACCCGGCUAUCCUGUCUGGCGGCCCGUGCUAUUAGGCGUUACGCAAUCAACUGUCAGGAAGAGAUUCCCAAGUGCUUGCACGCGUUCGUUGACUCGCACUAACGCUUCGUUCAUGCCGUUCCGGGUUACCACAGGCUCGAUCCCUGACGCGUCGGGUCGACGGGAGGGGGGUCAUAGCUUUACAGCCGCAUGAUCGACUGAGCAGUGGCGAGCAGUGGCGAGUAGAAAUAGAUAGGCUAUGCAAAGUGAAUUCAAAGUUACAACCAUUCGCUAGAAAGGGUUGGAACCGUCGCUACCACAAUCCCCAAGGUGGUUUUGGGACGUUUGGGAUGAUACUGCAGCAAACGGGAGGGUAAUACGAGAAUGCCCAUGAAGAGCGAGACGUUUCGGUGCAAAUCAUCAUUCGCUGCCAUUAGUGUGAUCAAAAGUAGCGAUUGUAGGGAUCGCGUACGGGAGAGAAAGAGGGAUAGAGAGUGCAGAAGCGUUCCGUGAGGUUGGCUGUCAGAGCUAACGGCCGCGGCCAAAAAUUCAUUUGAACGGACACAUCCGAAGCAAACAGCAGUACGGUCCAGUCUGCGCAACGACUCUACGAUGUGAGAUGAGUUUCGGCAGUCCGAUGAUCAGCCAACGAUUUGAGCAUGCAUCAAAACGGCUUUGGAGUGAUCUGGUGACAUCGACGAUGCAACAGGGCUUUCCUUUCAUGUUUCAUUUCGGUGCAGCUGCUGCGUUAAGGUGAGCAGAAAGUUGAACCGUUUUCCUCGAAGAUCGUCCCGCUAACGGUGAUCAUGUGUGCUGCACAAUGUUGAAAUGUAACGCUUUCGAGCACAGUGACCAUCGUAUGCAGAUCGAUAUGUUUGUUUCGUAACACGUUUUUCCGUUGGUAGAUUGGUGUUGGAGCAGUUUUAUUUGAACAAGAAAUUCGGCAAACAAACGUAACACCAAAUGAGGGGAAUGUUUGCCAACGACAGCUUUUCGUGGAUUGGUUUUUGGCUUUUUUUUAUAUUUGUUUUACUUCUUUACUGAUUGAUUCAAAGUAAUGUUAGGACUCAACCAUUUUGUUUUUAAAUACUUCCCCGAAAAUGUUGCAGAAAUUCGUCCAGAAAAAGAUACUUUCAUUAACUUGUCAAAACGCUAUCGUUAUGUUAGAUCAAUUAUGAAAUUUCAAGUUUAGUAUUUACGGUGCACACUGUGUCCAAUGAAAAAAGGCAAACAUAGAAUAUGCAUGAAAGGUACAUGAAAAGUUGAAUUAUGUGAGAUUUGCCAGAAGAGUUGGUUUUAAUGUUUAAGAAGACGAUGAGUAGAUAGUGGAUAGGAGAGUAAAGAGAAUUCGUGCGGUGGGAAGGCUUUAUGAUGGAGCGUUCAUAGAGUACAAGCAAGGGUGCCAGCGAACGGACAGUGGUUGCCGUAGAUCCUCUCACCCCACUGCUAGAAGCUUUCUGUUAAUAAUGAUUCAAAACCGUGUGAUAGCGACGAGAGAAGGACGGCCAGAGAGGUAUUGAAGUGCAAAAUCGUAAAAACGGUUCGUGAGAGAUGCGUUUUGGCGAGAGAGCAAACAUAUUAUCUUUGGUUCUGCUUUUUUGUCUGCUUUUAGUUCAUAAUAGAUCUCGUGUUUUAAGCAAAUUCCUCAAUAAACGAAACCUCACAUUAUA